AUGCCUCGCCGCCAGCUUCAAAAGUCCGACAGGAUCGUCAUCAUCGGUGCCGGUGUGUUUGGAUUGAGUACAGCCCUCCACCUCGCUCUCCGUGGCUACAAAAAUGUCGUGGUCUUUGACCGACACGAUUACGACGUCUCCCAAUAUGACUACCGGAACGGAGCCGAUUCGGCCUCUGCUGACAUGAACAAAAUCAUCCGCUCCGCAUACGGCUCGGCGGUCGAGUACCAGGAUCUCUCCAAAGAGGCGAUCGAGUGGUGGACCGCGUGGAAUGACGAAAUUAAGAAUGCAAAGGAUCUCCCGGCAGGACUGAGUCCAUCGGACCGGGUCUAUAUUAACAAUGGGACGCUGGCUUUCACCGACAAGGAUGAGUUGCCCACCUUCGAACUCGAUACGAUUCGAAACAUGAGGGCUGCCGGUCUGGGUUCCACGCAGCUGAUUACUACCAACCCGGACGAUGUCACGGCCGCUGACCGGCGGGGUUGGGGUUACGGAAUCGACCCAUUCCGCCGCAAGGAAAGAAGAAAGGCCAAUGUCGGCGUGCUCGACACUACCGGUGGCGUGGUCGUGGCAAACAAAGCUUGCCGCUUCGCUCUUCACAAGGCCCGGACUUUGGGGGCCAAGUUCGUGUUCGACGAGCGAGCUGGUGCCUUUGAGUCCUACUGGCACGACAAGGACGGAAAAGUAGUGGGUGUCAAGACCCAAGAUGGCCAAAGGCAUCCUGCGGACAAGGUUGUCAUGGCUUGUGGAGGCUGGACACCAUCCCUCGUGCCUCAGCUUGACGGUCUUUGUGAGACGACGGCCGGGUCGGUCAUCAUGUUGAAGAUCCCACCAGAGUCACCGCUCUAUGAUCGAUUCUCUCCCGAAAAGUUCCCCAGCUGGAUGUGGAAGCUGUGGGAUGGAGCCGAGGGCGGUCUGUACGGCUUCCCUCGCGACGAUCGAGGGUGGAUGAAGAUCGGAUACCGAGGCACCAAGUACACCAACCCACAGGUCCAAGCGGACGGCAAGGUUCGCAGUGUCCCCAUCACGAGGUAUUCUCCCGGUGAAAAAGUCACGAGGAUCCCUCAAAAGGCCAUGCAGGUGUUCAAGCGGUUCUUGGGCGAGUACCUGCCCGAGCUGGCGGAGCACGGCAUCGGCAUCGAGCUCACGAGGCUCUGUUGGUACACGGACUCCUUUGACAACCAUUACGUGGUCGACGACGUCCCAGGCCAAAACGCCGUCAUGGUCGCCACGGGUGGCUGUGGGCAUGCCUUCAAGUACCUGCCGAACCUGGGCAAGUGGAUCGUCGACAUCAUGGAGGGCGUCGGCGCGGAGCGGACCCUGGUCCAGCGAUGGAGAUGGAGGUCCUUGCGCGCAGACCAGACACCUUUCAACGUCCUGAUGAAGGGCAGUGACAGUCCGACCGCCAUCAAGAAUGUUUCAUGGUCGAAAGAUGCCGAUUUGAGACCAGGCAAUGGCUCUCGUUUGUAGAUGACCACGCAUCCGGAGUACUUCAUGGAGAACUCAGGGGCUGUACCUGAAUAGAUAUCUGUUUCAUUGGCAUUCGACGUGAUAUGACACAGUCACG